AUGAAUUUCCCAGAUGGAUAGAAUGAUUUGAAAUUUGGAGAUAUUGCUACCUCUGAUAUGCCACGAUAAGAUUUAGAUUCAUUACAGAGAAUCGAUAGUGUAUCCAGCUAUGAAGCAGAGAAUCCCUAGAAAAGUACAUUGAAAGGGUUGCUUUAUGGCUUUGGAGCAGCUACAUCAUAUGGUUUGCUUAUUUGUGCAGUCAAAUACUUGUUCCAAUUCAGCAGUGUGACAGUUUUUGAAAUCCUCUACUUAAGAUCCUUGACAGCUCUUAUAAUUGUGUUCUUUAUCCUACAGCAUCAAGGCAUUAGUCUUUUCGAAGUCAAAAGACAUGUUGGGUUUUAUUUGGCUAUAAGAUGCAUUACAGGAUUCUUUGGUUUUGCAGUGGAAUUUUUUUCGAUAAAGUUUACAGAUUUAUCUAAGAUUGUCAUUAUUCUUUAUAAUCCAUUCCUUACUUCAAUAAUGAGCUAUAUUCUAAUAGGCGAGAAAGUUAAUAAGCACGAUCUUUUGAGUUUCUUUUUUGGAGUAAUUGGAAUAGGAUUGCUGACAGACCCUUUCGCUAAGAUCAAGGACUAAAACGAUAUUAUUGGCAUUGCUUUAGCUUUUCUCUCAGCAGUAAUCUUUAACAUUGGAUUUAUUGCAUUGAGAAGAGUCAAAAGUGAGCUGAAUUCAUGGCAAAUAGUAAUUUAUUUCACUCUUACAAAUAUGUUCUUCUCUCCAUUUUUCUUUGUUAUUGAGAAGACUUUUACUCAUUAGAAAAGAGGUGUAUUCGAGUUUGAUUCCUUUAGUCUCCUUAUUAUUUUCUUUGUUGGAAUUAUUACUGUAGUUGGUAAUUUUUGUGUUAAUAAAACAUUAUUCCACGAGAAAGCAGCGCGUGCUACAGCUUAUUACAAUAUGGAACUUUUAUAUACAUUUAUCUUUGAUAUUUUUGUGAUGAAAUCGAAUUUCAGUGCGGCAGAGCUCUCUGGAGUUUUGUGCUAAACACCUACAGCAGAGAGAAUACUUGCAAAUGUUGACCAGACUACACCUCCCAAUGGUAAAGAUAUCACUGAUAUCUAGUUUGAUGUUGAUCUGCUCUAAGUAGAGGGAAUAAUAGAAAAUAAGAUGCAUGUUUCUCUUAAGUUAGUGGAAUUCACUACUUGGGUGGACAAAAGAUUAGCUUAUUAAAACAAUACUAAUGUACCAGCUUACAUUAGGAAUUCAAGGUUAGAUAUAAGUGAAUACAGAUACAAUAUUUGGAGACCAAAUUUAGGUUACACUGAACUUAACAAACUUGUAAAUCUUACAGAGACAGUUUUCCUUUAUCCUAACGGCACAAUCACAAACUAUAGAAAAAUUCUGCUUACUCUUACCUGCUAAUUUGAUUAUAAAAACUCUCCAGGCAAUUUACAAUAGUGUAUAACUACUACUUAUAUCCAAAAUGAGUUUAGUGACACAGCUACACUUACCUGGAUGAAUAAGUUUGAUGAGGAAAGAAGCAAAGAUUAUUUAUCAUGGACGCUUGCCCUAUCUAAAUUUUAAAAUGUAGAUGUCAGAUGGAAAACUGAGCCAACAGGUGUAAGUUCAGGUGUAGAGAUAGAGCUAUAGUUCUCUAAAACGCAGACAUUCUUCUAAAAAAUAUUCAUCAUUCCAUCUAUUAUUCUCGUCGUUCUAGCUUAUAUAACUUUCUGGAUCGAUCCAAAAAGAGCUCCUGCAAGAGUAAUUUUUGUACAUUUUGAAUUGAGGAUAAUUAUCAAUACAACUUCAUUCUUAGCAUCAACUACUACAAAGAUACCAUAAGUUGCAGAAGAGACUUGGUAGAAUAGUUUCUUUAUUUGGAACUUAGUUUUUACAGUGGUUCCUAUCGUUCAAUAUGCUAUCUUGAACGCUUCGAUCAAAUAUUUCGAAGAAACUACUAAAAAGACUGAAAUAUUGUAUCAGGAACUUUAGGCGAUUGCUGAAAAAUUAGAUAAUCCAAUGGAGCCUGAAUUAAUCCUUGCUGAUUCUAGAAAGCUUAUUGCUAAAUCACUCAGGUAAAGAAUUCUUGGUGGUGAUUUUCUUUAAAUCGAAGGAUUCUAAAUAAACAUGAAAGAAAUUAAUAAGAAGUAUCAAACUUCGGAAGAUAAGGUAAGAAAAGCCACUACUGCAGUUUAGAACUCUUAAUCUCCCUUCUGCCCAUGUCUUUAAUAGAAGUAAAAGAAAGUAUCUCCAAGAAAAGAUAGUUCUCCUUAAAGAAGAACUAGCAAUUAGGCAAUCACACCAGUGACAGAGAUUGAUGUAGAUAAGAUGCCAUCAGACCCAAUAAAAUUAUUGAUGUUUGCAAUUAAUAGAAGAAAUAGACCUGAUGGAAGAAGAAAUAAGGAGAGCUUAAAAAUUAUUGAGUCUUUAGGGGAAUUCUCAAGAUUCCAUGCCAUCAAUAUUGAUAUCUAGUUGAGACUAAGAAAAAUAAUUAGAAGUGAAAACAGUACUAUCUUCGGACUUUCUGAAAUAGUCAGCUAUAACUUUGAUACAGUUUUUAGAUAUUUGUAUCCUUGUGCAUUUAUUCUGUUAAUGGCUGUAAUGUAUCUUACUUAACUCCCUGAAAAUAAUGCCUAUUCAUUCUUGGCAGCAGCAAUAUCUGCUACACUGAUACUUAUUUGUGCUUUAGUAAUCUCUAUUAUCAUAUAUAGAAAAGAUGCAAGCAAUCUUAGUACAAUGAAAGCAAUAAAAUUCUAUUUUAUGUGCCAUUGCUUCCACUCUAGAAAAGUUCUCGAAAAUUAUGAUUGA